CCUAUAGAUUCCUGGACACGUGCAAGUGCCUAGUUACCAACAGAACACCUUGCCUCUGGCCAUCGAAGAUGCGUCAAUGUAUCUGCGAUUCAGUCUUGGACAAAAUUUCAGGGAGGAAAUUAAUAUACAAUUUUAUGGCAGUUUUAUAUAGCCGAUUUAAUAUUAUCUCUCCGCCAACCUUUAGUGUUGCAUUUGGCGGCCCCAUCCAAAGGUUCUGAAGUUUUCGCCCCUGAUUUGCCACAACGCAGGUCAUAUUUGAUGCACAACAAAUUGCGCCCCAACAUAUUCACCACACCACCUCACGCCGAUUGACUAUUAUCCUCAAUGUCCGACCAAGAAGACAUCAUCAAGCAAUUCACCGGUCUCACCAACUCCGAUAGAGCCACGGCGGAAACGUUUUUAGCGGCCCAUGACUAUGACUUGAUGGACGCCAUUGACGGGUUCUUCAAGCAACCCAGCGCCUCUACGCCGCAGCCAUCUGCGCCUAGAAGAGCCCAGGCGGCCAAUUUCGGGUCAUUUUCACAGUUGAACAAAAGCAGCUCCAAUGAGUCAGAGGAUGAUGACGACACCAACUUCUUCACGGGCGGGGAAAAGUCGGCGUUGCAGGUGGAGAAUCCCAACGCGCAGAGCCGCAAGGAUACCAGAAACCUAGUCCAGGACUUGUUGAAAAAGGCCGCUGCGCCCCAGGGUGCGCAUCCAGAUGAAACCCCGACGCAGUCGUUCUCCGGGACGGGAUACAAGUUGGGUGACGCGACCACAGAGUCUCAGACCAUCCGCGACGUGCGCGCACGCCCCCAGGAGGGCAGGGUCUCCAGACAGAUUACGUUCUGGCGCGAUGGGUUCCAGGUCGGCGAUGGAGCGUUAUAUCGAUAUGACAACCCGGCCAAUGCGUCCUACUUGAACACGUUGAACCAGGGCCGCGCACCGUUGGACUUGUUGGAUGUAAAGUUCGGCCAGGAUGUCGAUGUGAAUGUCACCAAAAAGUUGGAUGAAGACUAUGUCGCGCCAAAGAGUGUGGUUGCUGGCUUUUCUGGAUCCGGUCACAAGUUGGGCUCCAUUGUUCCCGGAGAGUCUCCCCAGCCAGAAGAGCCACAGGCCGCUGUUCUGGUCACCAAGCCCCAGACUCAGGGCGAGGGAGAUUCACAGGUUCAGAUCAGAUUGGCCAACGGGAGACGUGUGGUACACAGGUUCAACUCCACCGACCCCGUCAGUGAGGUGUACGCGUUCGUGGCUGCCAAUACCGACGGCACCAGGGCCUUUGUUUUGUCUCAUGCGUUUCCCGUUAAGCCCAUUGACAACUCGAGUCUGACGAUCGAGGAGGCUGGCUUGGUCAAUGCUGUUGUGGUCCAGAGAUGGAAGUAGUUUAAAUAAACUACCCCCAGAUACGAUCUAGCGCUGUGCCCUAGCCAGUUUUAUAUUAAAUGAGAUGACUCCUUGUGUACGCAGGCUUACUUAUAGAUUUGAUAUAUAAGAAUUCGAAUAAGGUAAAAUGGAAUAAUGCAUAUACAUGUUAUAGUGCUUAUGUUUUUAAGCUUGAUCGUGAGCAAGCACUCGAGAUUCCAUACUCGUGGAGGUAAAUUUUAACGUAGAAUUUAUUCUAUAAUGAGGAAAAC